AUGCAGUAUCAUGAACUACUUAAAUCUAUAGAGCAAUCGUUGCCAAAGAGGGUUGUUCAGAAUAAGAAGAAGGAGAAGUCAGAAAUGGUUAAGGAGAGACCUAAGAGCUCAUCAAUAGGCUACCCUAGUCUUUAUGCCAACACUCCUAAUUUUUCACAUAUGCAAAAGGAGUUCCUCACUCAAUAUGGAUUUAGAUUUGAAUACAGUAAGAUAUGGUGGGGCAAAGAAAGAGCACAAGAGGCUAUGUAUGAGCAAAAGGUGAAGGAAACGAAUCCAGGAAGCUACAUUUGCAUCGACCAGAAUGAAGGAAGACCCCUAUUAUUUUUGGAUAAGACCUUUUUGAAAGACAUAUACAAAGGCACGCUCCUGAGCGCCAUACCAUAUGACGGAGACCAAUGGAUAUUUCCACUUGCAUAUUUCAUAUAUGAUCAGAAAAAUGUUGAUAAUUGGAGAUGGUUCCUUCAAGGCCUGUGGUCCAUACUGUAUGAAAGACCAGACCCAUACUAUCCUCCCCAUCAAUUGGUUAUUAUUUCUGAUGCCUACAAGGGGAUUCGAGAAGCGGUGAGAGAAUAUUUCCAUGAAGCAAUUCACUCAAGAUGUGUUCUGCACCUGGUUGAAAAUUUUAGAUCAAAACUAAAAGCUUUGGGAAUGAAGGCAAAAGACGUACAAGUUUUGGGGAAUUUGCUCCAAUUAACUUGCUAUAGAUACACUGUUACGGAAUGGAACGACUACAUGAAUGAUAUAUAUGAGAUGUCUCCAGCUGCAUAUGAGAUUGCAAUUAACUACUCGCCAGAGCAUUGGGCAAAUGUUAAGUUUUGUGGCUACAUAUAUGGUUAUGUAACUUCUAAUAUUACAGAAUCCUUUAACAGCUGGAUACGUGAAGCUCGAUUGUUGCGUAUCCUGCAAAUGCUGGAGCAUAUCCGCAAACAAAUUAUGACUCGCAUGAACAACAGACGCAUAAUGGCUGAUAAGUGGACAAGCUAUCUUUGUCCUAAAGCUGAGCAAAUUGUUAGAGAACAUAUGGAAAAAGGAUCUACUUUAGAUAUUAAGCAAUCUAGAGGUGAUAUAUUUGAAGUGCAAUCACAUAGAACCACUCACGUUGAUUUGAGAAGAGGACAUGCACUUGCCGUGCUUGGGACGUAA